CAGCCCCGAGCCAGCCGCGGACCUGCUGCCUCCCCCCCUCCGGCUCUGCUUGCGCAUUCCCCGGCGGCAGAGGGUGAGUGACGGGGGGGUCUAACUGCCACUCCACCCUCCUUGGCUUCCUCCCUCCCCUCGGCCCCAGAAGCAGCAGCAUGUGGCUCUUGGAGAGGAUCCGGGGCUCGGUGGAGAACGGCGCCGCCCGGGCCGGCGACUCGGGGGAUAAGCAGGCCAAGGGCCCCCUGUACAGCAACGUGCUGACCCCCGAUAAGAUCCCGGAUUUCUUCAUCCCACCCAAACUCACGCCGGCGCCGCCCGAGGCCGAGGGGGCAGAGGGGAAAGCCAAGCCCAACCUCGGCACUUCGGCCUCGGAGCAGAACCUGUCGGCCCGCAAGUCCCCGCGCAGCCCCCGCCUGCCGGUCAAGGCCGCCUCGGAGAGCAAGAACCUGCUGAAGGCCGCCAGCCGGCACAUCAUCCAGAUCGAGAGCGCCGACGAGUGGGCCUCGGAGGAGGACUUCAGCACCAACGCCGACCCCCAGGCCCAGACGGCCAUGUCCCUCCCCUACGUGCCCAAGGCCCAGACCUCCUACGGCUUCGCCACCCUCAUGGAGAGCCCCCACACCCGGCGCAAGGAGUCCCUCUUCCACAGCGAGCACGGCAGCCUGUGCCAGUCGCAGGCGUCCUCGCCCAGCUCCCAGCGCAAGGCGGCGGCCGGCGGGGGCAAGGUGAACGGGGAGAGCGCCCGCCUGACCCCCUCCGACAUCGGCAUGUCCCUCAUGAACCCCUACCGCUACUUCAGCGGCGGGGAGAGCGACACCUGCUCCUCGGCCGAGUCCUCGCCCUUCAGCUCGCCGCUGCUCUCCCGCUCCGUCUCCCUGCUCAAAAUCUUCAGCCAGGACAGCCAGGCAAAGGUCAUCAAGCUCAAGCACUCGGUGGCCCGGAACAGCUCCCUCUCCACCGACGACAGCUCGGCCGACACCAGCCCCAGCUCGCAGCGGCGCAUGCGGUGUGCCACGCCCCCGGCGGGGGCGGCGGGGGGCGCCCUGCCCCAGUCCCUCCUGCCUCCGGACUCGCCGGACCGCCUGCACAAGGAGCACACCAUCCGGCUGAGCAAAGGCGGUAGCAUGCGGCUCUCGGCCGAGUACGACGCCGCCAACGCCCGGCUGCGGGUGCGGGUCAUCGCGGCCGAGGCGCUGUUCGACAAGCUGUGCGACGCGCGCUCCAUCAACUGCUGCGUCUCCCUCUGCCUCAACCCCGGCAAGGUGCAGAAGCAGCGCAGCACCAUCAUCAAGAACAGCCGCAACCCGGUCUUCAACGAGGACUUCUUCUUCGACUGCCUGGGCGCCGGCAACGUCAAGAAGAUGGCCCUCAAGGUCAAGGUGGUCAACAAAGGCAGCAGCCUCAAGCGGGACACGCUGCUGGGCGAGAGGGAGCUCCCGCUCACCUCUCUGCUGCCCUUCUUAUAAACCCGUCUUCCACCUCCCCGCCGCCCUCCUGCCCUGCUGGGAGGGGAUGGGCAGGGAGGCGUUGGGCAGGAGGGAUCAGGCCACCGUGAGGGGCGUGGGAUGCUCCCCCGGGGUGACGGCAUGUCCAUCCCAGGCUGUGUGUGUGUGUGUGUGUGUGUGUAGGGGGGGACAAGACCCAUCCCGCUCCCCCAGGAUGGGUCCCCUUUGCUGGACGUGCCUGGAGGCGGUGGCUGCCGUGUGUCCCCUCAGGAGGCCGUGAGCGGCUAGCAAGUUGUCCGUUCUUCUCUGGAGAAGCCGUGGGGAUGAGGCAUGCUGGUGGCCUGCGUUCUCCGGGGCCCUGCUGGAAGGCGUUGACGGGAGGUGGGUUAUCCCUGUGCGGGUUGAGGACGGCCUCGCGCAAAUGGGGCGGUAGUAGAGAUUUCAGCCUCACAGCUCAGCAACCCCUUCUUCUCUCCCCGCCCUGCCCCCGGUUUCUCAUCUCCACGCCGGGUCCCAAGACCCAGCUGCCUUUGAGCGAGGUGUGGAAGGCCCUCACAGGCCAUUCCUGUUGGGCUCAGGCUUGAUAUGGAGCGUGCGGGUGGAAGUGGCAGGGACAGCUGAUGGAGUGCAGAGCUGGGAGAACGAUGCUGCGAGGCUGAAUCCCAGCCGUGGCGGGACCGUUUCUGAGGCGUGAGCAGGGCACGGCCUAGUCAGUAAUGGGGAGAAGGGAUGCUCUUUGGCGGGGAGGGAAAAGAUGACCCCACCGGCCUCUUCCAUCUCUAAUUUCUCUCCUCCUCAGUUGGCUGACAGGCAGAGAGAGGGCAGGGGUUGUUGGACAGGGCUCUGCCAAGUCUCUCAACAUUGAUAUGUCUCUUAAAGCUCCAGCUCCUGGAGUCAGGGGGUUGCAUCAGAAUUUCAGCUUGCUGCCUUGCUUUUACAGACCUUUCUAGCCCUCAUGGUUGUAGAGUAAAGCUUGAAGCCGUGACUCUAGUGGUGCAGAAGACAGACAAAAUGAGCCUCAAAUUUAUCACUUAAAUUCUGUUUGCCAAAGGCUGGGAAUGGGCGACAGGGGAUGGAUCGCUAGAUGUUCACCUGUUCUGUUCAUUCCCUCUGGGGCACCUGGCAUUAACUACUGUUGGAAGACAGGAUACUGGACUAGAUGGACCUUGGGCUGACCCAGUUUAGCCAGGCAUGAAAAUAUCACUCGGUCUCUCUGAGGUUGCCAGGGGCAGCUUUUAAUGCCCCAUCAAUGUGAAAAGUGUUCUCUGCGACCGCUCCGAAGUCCUUGCCGAUCUUCCCAAUGGCCUUUGGAUCAGGCUCUUGUGCCAGUCUGCUUUACCUCCCGCAGCCCCAGAGUGCAGUUUAGAUCGCUAUGGCCGUGAGGGGUCUCCUUCCUCUGGGGAAGGGGCUUCUACAGGCUAGCAUGGAGAAGUGAUUCCUUCCACUGCAGACAGGAGACUCUUCCCUCUGAUCCAGAAGAUUUUUGCCUCUGGCUACUGCCAUAGCUACUUCUGGGAUGAGCAUCCAGAAGAUGCACUGUCCAAGCCCCCCCAUCCCUGCACUUCCUUCAUCCCUGCGCUCUGCAGAAGGGGGAGGGUGGACAGUCUGAUCUGUUUAAAAGCAGCAACAGUGUUUAACCCCCACGAGGCUGCCUGUGGCUAACCUCCACCUCCCUCAGCAGGAAUGCACCCGCGAGGACGUGGUGGUGCAUUAAUAACCAGUUGGGGAUUACCCAGAGCAGCAUGCCGCAGGGCCAGUAACAACCACAGUGUCUCACACAGGGAGGUGGGACCCUGGCUCUGGGCAUUGCACAAACUGGUCUGACCACUGUCAGGGAUAAAAUCAAGUGUGCGAAAUCAAAAGCAAGAACCGGGUCCCGGCCUGACCUUGCCUCUGAGCGCUUUAUGCAGCGGGGGCGGAGGUGCAGAAGGGGAGAACAAACCACAAUGUUUGUGUGGCUCAUUCUUUUCCUCUUGGCUUAUAACCUGCUUUGGGAGGGCAGAAACCUUCGCCCAGGAGCUGCAAUUGUUAAGAUGCCGCAUGAACGGCCUCUGGGUUAGUUAGCGCAGGCAGAUUCCUAGUGCGUAGGAGCCGGGUUUGCUAGAGCAGAGAGAACAGGGGUUACACCAUUAACAGCCCCAAAAGAGAAGCUUGGGGGGGAGAAACCCACGGGUGGGGAAGGCUCACUUGGCCACGGUUUAUACCGGGACCGAUCCCUGCAGAAGCCCUCCCAGCUUUUUCCACAAUACGCGCCGAGAAUCUGCCCUGACAAACAGCCAGUGCUGUGGGAAUUUCCCCCCCAAUCCCAUUACGAUUCUGUUUCUCUGUCGCUGCAGGCUGAUUAGAAUAAUCAAAUCAGACAAUGGUUGGAGGGGGGGGUGGGGAGUGCAUCUCUCCAGCCUUGUCCAGGGAAAUCUGACUCUGGAAGCUACUGCAGUGUCGUGAGAAACCCCUUUUCCCCUGGGCCGGCAGUAGGGAACUCAGCCGCUGGCUCAAGACAAGGGUGCUAGUCUGGGCCCCUGGUUCUUUUUUUCCUCUUGAUCUUUUUUUAUUUUAUUUUUUUAAUUGGGAGUCAACUGUUUUCUUUCGCCACCUCCUGUUGCU